AAAUUGUCAGUGCGUUGCAGGCCUCGGGCUAUUGGGGUUUUGGAGACAAAAAGUACUUUUUCUCCAGGGAGUCAGAGAGCUGCUUCAACAUUCCUUUUUCGAUAGUAAGACUUUGAAAAGCAAUUUUUACAAAAUGCCCACUAUUCCUGCCCGUCGGUUUGCGACGCAACGACUGCAUGUUGGCCAGUCGAUCAAGGUCAUAGACUCCUCGGGAGGUCAGGUCAUCGACACCUGGGCUUUUACUAUUACCUCAACACCCACCUUUCCCAGAUAUAUGUCGAUGACUCACACUCGGUCCACCUUGCAUAAACUUCUUCCAUCCGUUAACGAAUCAUUCCUGGACAACAGACGGGAUCCUAUUUUGACAAUUGUCGAGGACACAUCUCCUGGCGUGCACGACGUUCUCUACGCUGCUUGCUCUCCAGAACGUUACCUCCAACUUGGCAGCGAUAAAGACCACGAUAACUGCGCCGAUAAUCUUCGCAGUGCUGUACAGCAAUGUGCUGAACCAUCAUUCAGCUAUAUUACUGGGUUUCUAGAGAGCGGCUGGGUACCCGAUCCACUGAAUCUAUUCAUGAAGGUCGAUAUCAAUGGCACCAAGCUACAAUGCAUGAACCCGGACAGCAAGGCGGGGGACUAUAUUGUAUUGAAAGCGGAGCAAGAAUGUGUUGUAAUUAUGAGUGCCUGUCCGAUGGAUUUAAGUGCUUGUAACGGGGGCGAGCCCAGAAGCGCAGAUUUUGAGGUUCUUUGAGUGGUUACAUUUGUGAGGUCCACACUCAAAUACUCGUGCUUAAAUUAGCGUUAAAUUUUCCAAGUUAUAUUGAUUUUCAGUAUAAACAUUUGUACCAGUUCUGCAACCAGCUGUAUCAAGCGAUGAAAGAGGUGGUCCUCUACGUCCACCGUCUUGGGGAAACACCAGAUCCCAUUCUGUAGUCCAUUCCUUUAACGACAAACAAAGAUAUGAAUGUUCUGGCUUGGGUAGAACUUACAGAUAACCCAGACUACGCUGUGAUUGCUCUUUUCAACUGCUUCGCUGGAUCUCCG